GUACUGGAAGCCUUUGAGUUUAGCUGCAUCAGCUCUGCUCGCAGAAAUCGAGUUGCGACUUCUUCAGACACAAUAUAAUUUAAAAAUCGUUUGGUCUAUAUUUUUUUCCCCAUUGGAACGUCCGUGAGAUGAUGGAUUUUAUCGCCUGAUGCGCUUAUAGUUAAGCCGCGAAAGUAGCGCGACGGAGGAAAAAAUUUUUUGUGUGAUUAUUUUCGAACUUAUUUGUGAACUUUCCCAUUAUAUUCGAAAAGUCUUCUAAUGGAUAUUAGCAUGUCAAGAAAAAGACAUUUUCUUACUGUUCCUCCCAAUCCCAUCUGUAUGGUGAGGUCCGAGGGCAACAUGUCGGGAUAUCAUCUGGCACCGACAUCGGAUAAUCGGUCUGUGGCGAUGCCACCGCCGAAUAUCGAUAUGCCGGACGGUUCGUUCAGCCCUUCGUUCACAGACGUCGAUGAAAACAAGGAGAGGGGCAACUGGUCGAGUGGCGUUGAGUUCCUGUUGUCCUGUCUUAGCUAUGCCGUCGGAUUAGGGAACAUCUGGCGUUUUCCUUAUCUCUGUUACAGGAACGGGGGAGGUGCAUUUCUGAUACCAUACGUAAUAAUGAUGGCCUUUGUUGGAUUGCCCCUUUUCCUGAUGGAACUGUCCUUUGGCCAGUAUGCCAGUGAAGGACCAGUGACGAUAUGGAAAAUAUGCCCUCUGUUUCAAGGUCUUGGUUAUGCCAUGUUUUUAAUGUCAGCGCUUGUAGGUGUCUACUAUAAUAUGAUUUUAGCGUGGGCUCUUUUUUAUCUGAUGUCUUCAUUUACAACCCACUUGCCAUGGAGUUCCUGCGAUAAUUGGUGGAACACAGAAGCUUGCAGGAAAUUUGACACGAAAAACUGCACCGCCCAUAACGGAACUGUGCUUUCCAAUGGAACAUGCGUUUUGCAGAGCGAAGUGAGCCCAUCAGAAUGGGACGAAUAUGUCAAGCACAAUACAAAGAUGGCCAGCGAUGAAUAUUUUCACAACUUUGUUUUGGGAAUCACUGACGGCCUCCACGAUCUGGGUGAAGUGAGGUGGCAGCUGGCCCUUUGCUUAUUGGCCUGUUGGGUCAUCGUCUUUGUUUGUCUCUGGAAAGGGGUGAAAAGUAUGGGAAAAGUGGUGUAUUUCACUGCGCUGUUUCCCUAUCUCGUCUUGGUGAUCUUGCUGAUCAGAGGUACGACCUUGGAAGGAUCCUACGACGGUAUCAUGUUUUACUUGACGCCUGAGUGGGAGAGGCUAUUAGAUGCCAAGGUGUGGGGUGAUGCAGCCAUGCAGAUUUUCUUCUCUCUUUCCCCUUGUUGGGGUGGAUUGAUAACCCUGGCCAGUUAUAACCGCUUUCACAAUAACUGCUUUAAAGAUUCUCUGGUCAUUACGUUUGGUAACAGUGCCACGAGUUUCUUUGCUGGAUUCGUUAUUUUCAGUAUCGUUGGAUUCAUGGCUCACGAAAUGGGAGUCCCCGUGAAGGAAGUGGCUGCUCAAGGUGCUGGUUUGGCAUUUAUUGCUUACCCAGAAGCAGUUGCUCGGUUACCUGUGUCUCCACUCUGGGCCUUCCUUUUCUUCUUCAUGUUGCUCACUUUGGGUUUGGGCACACAAUUUACCUUGAUUGAAACGGUUACUACAGCUAUUGUCGAUACCUGGCCAGAACGCUUGCGAAGAUUCAAAUCAUACGUUUUGGGUUUGGUGUGUACUGUCAUGUACCUUUCUGGAUUGAUCAUCUGCACAAAGGGUGGAAUGUAUGUACUUCAGCUGAUGGAUAAUUACUGCGCCAGCUUUUCUGCCCUCAUCAUUGGAUUGGUCGAAGUGAUUGUCCUUGCCUGGGUUUAUGGCGCUGAGCGUUUUCUCAACGAUAUCAAGGUCAUGAUGGGUCGCUACCCUUUUCCCUAUCAAUAUUGGAGGUUCAUGUGGAAAUUCGUUGUACCCAUUAUGAUCGCGUCUAUUCUGAUCUUCACAAUUAUGGACCUGAAACCAACCCAAUACGGCUCCUACGAGUAUCCUGAAUGGGCCACCUAUGUUGGAUGGUUGUUUUCUCUUGCUUCUGUCAGUGCCAUACCUUUCGUCAUCGUGCUCAAGAUCGCUAGAGCAAAGGGACCCCUUUUACAACGCAUUCGCAUUCUUCUCGAGCCUACUGAAGAUUGGGGACCCAAGCUCCAGAUGCACCGUAUGGAAACUCACAGCCCCAAACACACCGACUCUCAGGUUCCGUUGGCUCUUCCCAAUUACGACCCAGACGGUUAUGGAGACAGCGAGUAUGGCGACAACAUGGGUAGUAAGCUCAGCGUUGGGGAUGACAGCUGUUCCGAGUUCGAAGGUCUGCGUCUCAACAUACCCUCACGUGUUUCCGAGACAGGUGUGUGACCACAACGUGAGGCUCCUCACUUCACUUCACCGCUGCGUCCGGAACUGUUCGGCAUACCCAUCAAAAAACAAACGAUCACCACUAACGGAAGUCACCUUCCAGGUUAGCCCAGCAUAGAAAACCGAUAAUAUCUUGUGUUCUUUUCUGUCAGAAUGAACUGUGCUGGGCGUGUCCCUUCAUUCGAGGCUGGUCCCGUUUCGCUGACGAUACGCAGUCGCAUUAUUUGCCUAAUAUGGCGACGGGUUGUGAGUAGGGGAUGCGACUGUCACGUCAGUUUCAUCAGUCCUUUCACAAAUUGAGCAACAAUAGAAUCCAUUGUUUGGGACUAAUGUCAUUCAAGUGAUGCCAACGCAUGCUGAUGAAAUAGUAUUUGAUUUCUUUUUAUAUUGAAAUAUAAAUAAAAAUAGAACGAAUUUUAUUUCUUCUGAAUCCAGAACACGAUAGUGAUGCUAGCUACAUACUACUCAUUCUUUUGACUAAUAAGCUUAUCACCUUUCAAAAUUGUCACAACUGUCUAUAAAACAGAUUACCAGCUGUUAUAAUUAAUAUAUAAUCCGAAAAUUUCAUAACAAAUCUUGUUAUUUCAUUAAAUAGCUGAGGUCAAUGUGAAAUAAAUCAAUAAUUCUAAAUAUUUAUUAAACACUCUAUGAAACAAUUGGUUAUUCUAUGAAAUAACUAAUUAUUCUAUGUAUUAAUUCAUGAAAGAUAAUUAAAUAAUAAAAUGAAUGCAUAAUUCUCUUCAAGAAUUAGAUUGUAAAAAUUAGAACACAAUUUUCCGCACUCAUUAGAUUGUAAAAUUUAGAAUACAAUUCUUAUCACACAUUAACAAAGAACUUUUUUGUUAUAGUUAUACUUGCUCAAAAAAUGUUCAAACAUUUCUUUAAAAAAUUUUUUUUGCUUGUUUUAUUGCAUCACUUAAUGAAUCUUCCAAGUUAACUUAAUAUUUAAAAUAUUUUUUUAGAACAUACGAGGUUUCAUUAAACUUAAUCUUGAAACAUAAUUCAUUUUAGCGAAAGAAGUUACCUAGUUAUUCUUUUGUUAUACAUAUUAAUAUACACUCUAACAGUAAAUGAUCGUCGUUAUUUUAUGAAAUAACUGAAUAAACCAUAUAAUACCAGUAUAUUUUAAUUUUUAACUGAUUUCCUGCCCUAAUUCCAGAAAUAACAAGUUAUGAAAUAACCGAUUUUAUAUUUUUUUAACAUGUUCACAAAAGUUUUAGUAAUACAACUUUGAAUUCAAAAUUAUUUAAUAAAGAUAAAUAAGACUUUUCUUGAUUAAUCGCAUUAUAAAUUAUUAAAAAUUUCCAUUAUAUAUACCAUUUAACCCCAAAGUUGGUUUUGACCAAUAUUAUACACUCUCAUACUAUAUAUAUAUAUAUAUGUAUAUAUAUUGUACUAUUUUAUGUUAUUUAGAAUCUAAAAAAGUUGUAUAAGUCAGUAUCUAAAAACUGUUUUCUUUGAAAAUGUGAAAAACAUAUUGAAAUGAAAAAACAUAUUCAAAUAAAUUUCAAUUAAAAGUACAAGUACCUAUUCAUAUUAAACUAUUUUGUUUUUGGUGUAUUUAGAAAUCUCUAAAAGUAGUUGUAAUAUAUUACUACGAGUAUAGAAAGAGUAACAAAAUUAAUUUAUGUAUUUUUAUUUUUUAUCUCUUCAUCUUCCAUUUUUUAAUAAAAAAAGGGCCACAAUAUUUUCAAAUGAAUUCAUUUCCAACCAUCUAUCAAUAAGGAAAAUUCUUUGACAAAAAAUUAUUGACCCUCUAUUAAGUCAGCUUAUCUUUAUUAUCAUUAUGUUAAAUAAAAAUUUAAUUUGAUUUUUGUUUUCCAAAUUUCCAAACUGAGAAUACCAUCUGUUUUUCUCAAUAAACUGUCUUAAACGAACAGCUAGCAUCACUAUCUCUUUCUAGAUUUCACUAUUUUAACAGAAGUUUCAUGUUUAUAUUGGUUUGUUAAUGAGAAUAUCCCCUAUUAGCACAUAAUUAUCAUCCAGCGUUUGCAUUAUGCCGAGGAGUAUUUUAAUGCUACAUAUUGGAUCCAUGGAUGUAUUCAUUUAUCAGGUAACAUGAAUUUGUUUAAUAAAAGGUUAGAAAUAAAUGAUUUUUAUUCUUCAAAAUUGCAUGUUCUGCUUCUGUUAACAAUUAAAUAUGAAAGGAAAACAAUUAAGUUUAUUAUUGACAUUACUUCACUAAAAUGGUAAUUUCCAUUCAAAGAUGUUUCCCAACAAACACAUUAUAUUUCAGAUGAAUGUUGUGAGCAUAAAAGGAAAUAUUUCACAAUAUUUCCUUGUAAUAUUGGCCAUUUUUGUGUGCUAACAGGGGUGCCUCUGUAAUUAACAAAACAAGCUUAUUAGUUCCUAGUACGUUUUUAAUGUUUCUGAACCAAUAAACCAACAAGAAAUUUUGAUACAUAUUUUUUAAGAAUUCAUUCAACUAUAAUAUUUGGAACUUGCGAUGUUUGUUUCAUCAUAUUUUGGUAAAUUUGUUUGUUGUUAGAAUACUCGUUCAUUCAUUGUUAAAACGUAAAAGUUACAAUAAAGUAACUUGCUGUAUUUCUGUUUUUGUUUGUUUAGGCCGAUUUACUAUAGAAAAUGAUGUUUUUGUUUUUGGAAAUUGAAUUCACAUUUGUAAUGUUGUGUCACAAAAUUUUGAAAAUUUAAAUUACAUUAUUUUUAUAUGUUAAUAGUAAAGUAAAACAUAAAAAACAUGCUUCUUUUAAUGAAUAGGAAAGUAAUUUGUUUCAUAUUUUUGAAAGAACAAAUAAUUUAAAUCGUUUAUUUAAUAAUCAUUUUUCAAAUGAUAGUUAUUUAAUAAAUUAAAUUAGAAGAUAAAUUAUCUGCUUGAUAAGGCUUAUUUCCUCAGUAUUGUUUUUUUUUUUUUAAAUAUUGUCAUUUUGUAUUCUUGGAAAAUAAUGCAGCAAACAAUUUUUGUUUGUUUGGACUGACUAACUAUUGAAAUAUUCUGUUCUGUUUUAGGAUUGGAAUAAAUAGCUGUAACAUUAUGUCACAAAAUUUGGAAAAUUAAAUAUUAAUAAGUUUCCUCAAAUUCCAACAACUUAUUCAUUCUGAAUAACAAUUAUUUUCUUUUAAUGUCCACCUCCAGCCCAAAUAAUUAUAUCGAAAUUCCGAUAUAUUUAUUCAAAAUGAUUACUGAUUUUAGCAUGGUUGCUUCAGUAAUUUUAUGAAUAUUUGGGGAAAAUAUUUAUAUUCUUACAGCAUAGAAACUAUGAUUGUAAUUUUUUUCAUUUAAUCUUUAUACUGUUUAUUCUAGACUUAAUUAAUUCGUUCUCAGCAUUAAUUAUUUCAAAUUGUAUUAUCUUCAUCAUGGUUCUAUAAAAUAUACAGAAAAUAGGUUUUAUCAUGAAGGCAUAGGAAUUAAAGCUGUAGAACAUAAUUUUGUCUUAAAUUUUGUAAAAAUAAGAAAUGCAUUUUUGUGAAUACAAUUGCGCCAGAUGAAAUUUUUUUAAACAAUUCGAGUCAAUAUUUUGUAUGAGGAGUUUUUAAAACUAUUUUCGAUAAAAUAUUUUUCUUUGAUAUCUUUGGACUAUCAGAAAACAUUUGAUAGUUCUUUUUAUUAGUUAUUUAAGGUUAAUAGAGAGCUAUAGUUCAGUAAAAUAGCAUCAUUCUAAAUUGAGAGAUAGAACUGGAAAAAAAAAGUACAAUGCUUUGAAAAUAUGGAGAUUAAAUCAAUUAGCAAUUAGCAUAUUAAAAUUCUUUUUUAAUAUUAAAAUGCUUAAUUAUCAUCAGAAUUUCUGAUGAAAAUUCUUAAAUUGGAAGAAAUAUUUCAAGAACUUGAACUAAAAUUGCAAUUUUCUUUUUGAACAUUAUAUAAAAAUUUUCUAAUAUCUACUGAGAUAUAAAUGCCUAUGACCCUUUAUAAAUAAAUUUGAUUUUUAGAUUUUUUUAGCUAUAAAAUACAAAAUUACUUUGUGUAUGAAGAAUGUGUAUAUAAAAGAAUAAAAAUAUUUAUUCAAGUAUAUCUUGGAAGAGUGACUACACUUUUUAAAAAUUUUUCUUUUGACAUUUUAUGAAGAUUGAUCUUCCUCAAUGUACAUAUUCUGAUUCUGUAUUGUUCAUUUGUAACUCGUAAGUUCCUGUUAUUUUAUUUAAAUAAGCUCAAAUGUUGAUAAUGGUUGUUUAUUUUAUCCUAUUUCCAACUUAUUUAUGAAGAGAAAAAUACACACUUGUUAGGUUGUUUUAGUGCUUCUUAAAUUUUAAUCUUUUUUAAUAAUAAAUAUUGGUAAUUUGUUGAAAUAUUAAACAACUGAAUUUGAAUUUAAUUUUCAUUAAAUGCAUUGCAUUACAUUUUCUUUUCAUUACGCCAAAUAGAGUAGUAAAUGUUUCUUUGCUAUUGUGGUUUGCCUGUAACGCAAUUUCAGAAAUUAUAUUAAAUGUAUUAAGUUAGCAUUAAUGGAAUAUUUGUUGCAUGUUCAUAAAUAUUUAUGAAAAGAAGCUUUUUCAACAUUAUAUAUAUAUAUAUUACUUAUAAUCGCAUUAUACAUGGGAUAUCACUUUUGUACAGUACUGUUGUACAUAGCAUGAUAUGUAUAUCUGUUGCAUACAUGUGUACAAAACUAUGUAUAUUCUUACGUACAUAUAUUCAUAUAUAUAUAUAUUGUUUCAGCGUACCUAAAAGCAUUGUUUUGUUUAAUUGUUCUUGUGUGUAUGUCAUAUCAUAAGUGCCGAAUUACAGCUUUCUUCUGAAGAAUUUUUUACACUGCAGUGGAUGUGCAAAAGAAAUGAACUAACUGUUUAGUAUAUUUGCAACCUGACUAUUCAUUUCUUUUGCACUGUGCUAAAAUGUGCUCAUAUAAACAUGGUUUCCACAAUCCUAAAUGAAAUUAAAAUCAAAUUAAUCUUCCAAAUUAGUUCGAAUUAUUCAGCAGUUUUUUUUUUCUUAAUGAACUUUAGUAAAAUUAUUAUUAAAAUUCAUUGCAAAAAAUGAACAAUGAAAAUCUUCAUUUUGAAAAUAGAAUAAUUAUAUUCCUUUAUUUUUUUAAAGCAACAAAUUUUAUUUUCAUAAAAAAAAUUAAAUUUUUCUUAUUUUAAAUUAGAAUUAUCUUAAGUCUUUACUCUGUUAUAAUUCUAAGAACUAUGCAGAAAAAUAUUAUAGAGCUCAAUAAAAAAAUAAUGUCAUAACUAUUCUGAAAAAAGUAUUUCAAAUCACUAAAAAAUGGAAUAUUUUUUACCAAUAAAAAACAUUGUUCUAUAACUAUUUUAUAAAGAAAUUAAUUAAUGAAUGUAAAUAAAAAAUAAUUAAACAAUUAUGUAAAAAAAAAACUGUUAUAUGGUAAAAUUUAUUCAAGGUUUGGGUCGUCAUUUCCUUUUUAUCUUUUUUGUAAUGUAUUGAAAAUUAUAAAAACUUAUUUUCUUUCCUCCAAAUUAAUUAAUAUUAAAAAAUUAUGUAAAAUUUUUCCCAAGUUUUUAGUCACUGUUUUUCUUUUUAAAAAAAUCUUUGUAGUGUAUUGAAAAUUACUUUUUUUUUUCCUCCAAAUUUUUUUUAUGUUUAUUACAGAUUUCAGAGCUGAAAAAUUCUUAAAGAUAAUACAUUUAUUAAAGUUUGAUGAUACUAUUAAAUGCUGAAAUGCAUCUACAUAACAAUCUUGAUCCUAACAUGCAUCUGCAUUUUAAUAAUAGCUAUGAAAUUUUCUCACUAAUUCAUUGAAUUUAUUUUGUUUUGUAAAAAGAAAAUGUCAAAGCUUUAAAAAAUUAACUAUAAAAUAUUUUUUUAAUUAAAAAAAAGUGCUGUCGAUUUUUUUUUUUUUUUUUUUUUUUUUGUUAAUUGCCAGUGAUAUUCAAUUUCACAAGAAUGGAUACUAAAUAUAAUCAAGCGAAAUGUGGGAACCAUGGUGCAUUCAAAACUGUGAUUUAAAUGUUGCUAAAAUAUUUGAUUUUUGCUUUGAGCAAUAUGUAAAUUAGAGAAUGAAAUCUGAAUUUUAACUAGUCUCGAUUAGGAUGUGCAUUGAGUGCCCAGAAAUUAUUCUAUGAACUUGUUAAAUAUUAUUUUAACAGUCUAGUUCUGUACAGAAUUUUUAUGGAAAAAAAUAUUGAUUACUGCAUGAUAUAAUAGAUGGCGCUGCUGAUUAUUUUUCCCCAAAGAACUUCUAUUGCUUGACGGGAAUUAUAACAUUCAGCCAAAAUAUAUUUGUACAGUUUAAUCAUUUUGAAAGCUGAAUGGUUUACAUUAUAUUUCAUUGUGUUUUGUUUUUAUUAUGAUACUUUGUUGUAUUUUAGCCUGCUCUUCAAAUUUUAUAUUCUCUUUUAAUUUAUAGCUUUCCUUUUUCUGUUAAAUAUAUCAGUGUGGUUAAAAUCUCAUUUGGCGAUAUAAUUUUAAUUUCUCCUUAUAUUUUGUAAAGUUUUAAAUAAUAGCAUAAAGUUCUAACAGAAAUCAUUAAAUAUGCUAUUAAUUACUAUUCUAGAUUCUUCUUUAGACAACAUUGAUUAUGUUAUUUGAAUUAAAUCGUUAAAAUUAGUUCACAAAAUAUAUAUAUGUGGAAAAAAAACUUUAUAUAUAUAUUAUUGACUUGUUGGUCUUGAACAGAAUAUUUUAUUAAAGUAUAUCGAAAUAGUACAAAAUAUAAAAGAUAGUAACAUUGUUAAUCUAAUUAUCACUUUUGAUUUGAUAAUCCUAAAUUAUUAAAAAAAAAUUAAAAAACUGAAGCAGGUACAAUAUUUAUUUUAUCAAAAAGAAUUCAUGGUAGAGAUUUUAUCGAACCUUUUGCAUCCAAUUCCAUUUAAAUCAAACACAUGUUUACUUUUCACAUGCCUUAAAACUUUCACACAGAAAUAUUGUCUUUAUAAAAUUUUAACAUAAGUUGUUUCAUAAGUUAGGAAUAGAAAGUGAAUCGUCAAAUGAGAUACAAAACUUAUUUUCAUUUUUUUAGUGACAAGAAAAAUAUAUCGAUAAAAUACAUCGAAUUUCUACAUUUCGAAAAUGUGUUCUUUUGUUUUGAAUGUCAACUGAAACCUCGGCAGCUGAUUAUGAUUAUAACAAAAAUUCAUGUAAUAUCCCAGUUUCAAUAUUUCUGUACUCAGACAACAUAUGUAACAUAUCGCAGUUUUUAAAUUAGUUGCAUUAUUGACCUUCAACGAAUUAUUGUAUAAUAAAUCAAAUUUAAAGUAUCAACGCCUGUUUGGGAUUUAAUAACUGUUUUAAAAACAUAGGAUGGAUAAUUUUUAAAGAAAUUCUUUGUUGGCGUUUUUUUUUUUUUUCUAUGUACAUUUUUGCAAUAUUUGAUUGGUUUUUAUAAUAAUAUAUUUGUUGUUUGUUUGUAUAACUUUAUUAUUAUUAUUUUUUACUUUUUAUUCUAAUAGUUUUCUAUGAUGAAUUUUAAAAUAGGAAUGGCAUAAUUUCGGUUGCUGUUAUCAUGCACCAUUUUUUUAAAGUAUAGUUAAUCAUGCUUAGUUAAAAUUCAAUUAAAAUUUGCAUCCAAGAUUUACAACUUUUUUUAAAAAUCAACUUGCUAUCAAAUAUUAAAUUGCUAGUCUUAGAAUCCUUAGCCAAUCACUUAAUGUACUUCCGAAUAACUUUUUCAAAACUAGAUAAAUUUUUUUUCAGCCGUGCCAUUUGAAAGCUGUAAUUGUAUAAAUGUCAUUUAUUGUAUUUAGUUUUUAAUCUUGUUUUACCGUAGAAUAUUUUAAUUCUUGUAGCCAUCAGGUUAAAAUAUCAGCAAAUCCAUUGAUACCAACUUCUAUGUUCUUUCAAGUCAUUUUCAUUUUAAAUGAAUUUGAAGCUGAUUCUAUCCGAUUAGUUUGUUUAUUUUAAUUUUGAUACUUCAUAAAUGCUAUGUUUUUUUUAAAAAUUAUAUGUUCUUUUUAAAUGAAAAAAAAAAAAUGGUAUUAAUGAGUUUAGUCCAAAAAAAUCUGAAUAAAAAUGAUAUUUGCAUUUAUCAAUAGUACUAUUAUCAUACUUUUUCGAAUGCAUAAUUAUUGUUACUCAUUAGAAAAAGAUAAAGAGAUAUGUGAUUCACCAAUGUAUGUGAAAAACAUUUUGAAUUAUAUAAUAGACUGCUUUAAAAUAAAAUCGAAAGAAAUUAUUUAUAAAUUACAUUUUUAUAUACUUUCAUAAAUAUGGAAUCCUGACAUUACGUUUUAUUAAUAUUAAAGCUUUUUUAAAAAACAAAUAAAGAAAAUAAUUCUCGAGUAUGAAUAAAAGAGUAGCAAUUUCAUUUGAUAAAAAUUAUGUUUCUACCCCCCCCCCCCCAUCUUGCUUGCAUUAUCAUACUUUAUUACAUGUUAUCUUGGUGCAUGCUAUUGUCACAGUGAUAUCAUAUCCAUUUAUAUAAAAUUCAUUUUCAUAACAAUAAAGUAUUUUUACUGUUAAAACUCUACUGUUGGAAGUAAUGUUAACUACAUUCAAUGCAGCAAAAGGUAUGUUUUAUGGUACGUGUAUAUUUUACUUAUAGAAAUGUGUUUUGAAGUGGAUUGUAACAUAUGUUGUUCUGUGUCAUUAAACUUUUGUUCCAUUAA